AUGGGCAGCGCCCGUCGCUCUCGCUGCGAGCCGCGGCGCCUCGGACCCGGGGCGCUGCCCGUCGCCCGCUGUCAGCGCGGCUCCCAAGCGCAGCCCGCCGUGCGCUCACGGCCGGCCCCGGAGCAGCGCGGCGCGGCGCCCCCUCGCGGCCACACGGGGAAGUGCGGGCCGCGCGGGCCGCGGGGUGGGGCUGCGGGCGCCCUGGCCAAGCAGCGCCCUUGCAGCUCCUCUCCUGGGGCCUCCGGUUCCGCGGGCCGCCCUGCCCACGCGCCUCUCCUCUGCUCCAAGCCUCAGGGUCAAGGCCGAGCGUCUAGCCCUGCGUUCAGGGCCCUCCUUUGCUGCUCACCUCCCACCCCUGUGGCCAAGACCCACUAUGAGCAUCAUUCGCUGCUCCCCCGAGCGUGGCUCCUGCUGGACUCUGCACCCGAACUGCCCCUCACUGACUUCCUCACCUGGCAAAGCUCUGAAUGGUGGAGAGAACCUGAAGAGGAUCUGGUGAACUUCCUCAACUGGCUCCAAGUGGACGUUGAAAGCUUCCUGGUUUAUUCCAACAUAGACGUCAGGACAGCAGUCCUCUGUAUCAGUUGUAACCUGACCAAUGAGAUGUGGCAGCAAACCCAACCCAAACAGCUCAAGCAAAAAUAAUUUAUUGGCUCAUGAAGCAUUUUUUUUUUUAAGCCAGGGCAUGCUGCUUUCAGGAAUAGCUAGAUCCAGGUGCUGAAACAAUAUGAAUAGGAAUCUACCUCUCCCAUCUCUUAGACCCGCUGUAGCAGAAUGGCCCUCAGCAGCCUUGGGUUGACACCCUCAGAAAGAGCAUACCUGCCUGAUAGUUCUGGUGAGAGCCCGGGCUGCCACACACAGGCUCAGAGGAGCCUGGCUCAGGCCAUUUCCAGAGACCUGGACAGUGAGGAUCACAGGCCUGGGUGUUGCCUCCCUGGAGCUGGGGUGAAUUUAGGUCUGUGUCAACCCUGAGAAUGGAUGGAGUAGGGCUCUGUCUGCUCCAAGCGUGUCUUGAGGGCUGUUUCCAGAAUGCUGGACAAGUGAAAACAACAGAGUCCAGCCUGUGGCUUGCAUAGUUGGGGAAACUGAGGCCUGGAGUGAGCAGGUGCCUGCCUGGGGUGCAGGCACCCCAGGGUUGUGGCUUGGUUGGACUGGCAGGGAGGCAACAGGGC